UUUCAAAACACAUGACUUAAAACACGUGUUUGACUUAAACAUAAAAUCUUCAUAUAAUUUGUGAUUAUUUUGUCCACACUUUAGACCAAUUGUUUGGUAAAAGUAGUGAUCAUUUUUUUCAACAACUGAUUUAGUUUGUCAACGAUGGCUAAAAUUAAGACAAAAUCAAAAUUAUUUAAAACAAAGAAAACAUUUGUUAAGAAAAAGAAAGGAAAAGAUGUAAAGAAACCAAAAGUGACACAAAAGGAGACAAUUGAUGACUCGGAAGAUGUGAUGAAUGAUUCACAAAGAGAUGAUAUGAAACCUAUGGAUUCAAGUGAUGAUAAUGACAGUGAUUAUGAUGACAUUGACGACUACAAGAAGACAUUAGAUAAACUUAAGGAAAAGGAUUCUGAAUUUUAUGAGUUUUUACAAGAAAAUGAUCAACAAUUGCUUGAUUUUGAUGUCAACGAUGAAGAAGUAGAAGAAGACGAAGACAAUGAUGAAAACGAAGACUUUGACACUAAAACGCAAGAUUUGAGUGAAAAGUUAUCGGUUAAGACAAUUGAUAAAUGGAGUGAUAAGUUGUCUGAAAAAGCAGACAUCGAGACAAUCAAAUCAGUGGUCAAAUGGUUUCGCAAAGCCGUUGAACAGACAAGCGGUGAAUGUGAUGGCAAACUCAUGAGUGCCGAUGUUUUCAAUUCAGUUAUAAAUAUAUGUCUUAUAGACUUAUUGCCAGCGAUUCAGAAAUGUCUAAAAUUGCCACCAAUUGAUUCCAGUCAGUGGUCUAAUGAUGUCAAGUCUAUCGAUCCAACAAAGUCUCGAAACUGGAAGAAAAUGAUUUCAGUGAUGAAGAUUUACUUAACUGAUGUCAUUAAAAUGGUUGGCGUUGUCACUGAAAUGUCACUUAAAACAACACUUUUAAGGCAUAUAUUAUAUUUAAUACCAUUUCUCAAAGCAUUUCCACAUCUUAUUAAACGUGUUUUGAAGCAAACGAUGACUCUUUGGUCAGAAAGUGAUGAAAAGAAUCGCAUCCUUUCUUUUAUUUGUAUUUUAAGACUUGUCAGAACUCAAGAACAACCAAUGAUUAGCUUUAUUUUAAAGAAAUUAUAUUUAUCUUACAUUAAAAAUUCAAAAUAUAUGAAAGAUUCGGCAAAUCAGACAACAAUUGUCUUUAUGAAGCACUCAUUAGUUGAAUUGUAUUCAUUGGAUCCGGUGGUGGCCUAUCAACACGCCUUUGUUUUCAUUAGACAACUCGCUAUUAAUUUAAGGACUGCAAUGACUAUAAAGAAAAAGGAAUCCUAUAAAAGUGUAUAUAAUUGGCAAUAUUUACAUUCAAUAUUAUUAUGGACUCAACUAUUAUGUUCACAUAAUUCUGUUGAUGAACUUAAACCACUUAUUACACCAUUAGUUAACGUUAUUAUCGGAACAAUUCGACUUCAAUCGUCACCAAAAUUUUUUCCAAUGAGAUUUCAUUUGAUAAACGCGUUAAUUAAGUUAUCAGACGAAACAAAUACAUUUAUACCUAUAUUUCCAUUUAUUACUCAAAUUUUGGAUCAUUUCGAUAAAUUAAAGAAAAAUAAGCCAUCAAAUGAUGAAAAAGAGCUAAAUUUGGAUCUAUUGAUUAAAGUGUCGACACUUAAUACCAAUGAUUUUAAGUUCAGAGAUGCAGUCAUUCGUAAAAUAUAUGAUUUACUUCUUUAUUAUUUGUCGACUCAAUCGCAUGUAAUAGCGUUUCCCGAAUUGGUUUAUAUCUCCGUAGUUAAGGUAAGAAAAUUUUUAAAGCGUUCACAUGUUAUACAACACAAUCAACUUUUAAAACAACUAUUGGAUAAAAUUGAUGAAAACUCUAAACUUAUUUGCGAUAAGAGACGAAACGUUGACUUUUCCAUAACCAACAGUCCUGCCAUAAACUCAUGGGAAACUGAUUUGAAGGCAAAGGGCACUCCUAUCACCUCUUUCUUUAAACAGCGCAAUCAAAUCAAAGUCGCCAAACAAUUAUUACACUCGGAGUCGAUUAAUAACGAUUCAAACGCCUCCGCAUCUGAGCCACAGCCCAACGACAUUGCUUUCAGUGGGACAACAGCUUCUCAUAAAUCAAAUAAAAGCAACAAAAGAAAGUUUAAUGAAAACAAAACUCUUGACAAACAUGAAGAACAAGAAGAUGUUUUUGAGGAUAAAAGUGAAACGAAACGAACGAAACAAUCGAAGAAAAAUAAGAGAAGAGUUAAAAAUAAGGAGAAGAAGAGACAAAAUCAAAACGUUUCGUUUGAUUUCAACCAAACACUUGACAUAUCAUCGGAUGAUUCCGAGUGA